CAGUCAUUGACGCUCUGGCCGGUUUUCACUGUCGAGGGAGAUUUUCCAAUGUGGCGCUUGAUCCUUUCCAUGCUGGCCACCCUGGUCACAGGCCAAAAAGUGAGCCUCUAUUGCUUCACUUGCGCAACACCAGACACCUAUGAGGUUGGCAUGAUUGCGGGCAUGGCGAAGUUAGGUCUCGGGAUGUUCGAAUGCGAUGGCUAUGAUAUCAUUAGCAACGUGUCAGCCGAUGUUCUCUUCAAGGACUACCCUGAGGUCGCUGCCAAGUUGAAGGACCAUGUUCAUGUGAUCGAUAUGAAUCUUUACGUCAAGAAAGUGAAAGGUCCCGUAGGCCACGAUAUUUCGUCGCCUGCCACGGAUCCCAACUCACCGUUGUACCAAGGGAAAGACGCGACUAUGGAGCAUCUGGCCAACACGCCUGUGUUCAAAGAGGUUUGGAGCAAGAUCUUCAAGCUGGGAAACUUUGGAAAGUACGACUACACUGCCAAGUUGGAUAUAGAUGCGGUGAUCGUUCCCGCGCGCUUGUCCGGCAUGUUGGGUGGACGCCCCGACACGGCGGAGUACUUCCAAAACGCCUAUCAUGACAUGUAUGGCAACUUUUUGCACGGUCCGAUCGAGCUGAUCAGCAAAAAGGGCGUCUACGCCUUCCGCGACGCGCGCCACAUCUGCUUCGACAAGAUUGACCAGAUGGCAUUUGGAGAAGAUUUCUUUGCCAAGCAAUGCUGGGAUAUGAUUCAGAUCCAUCCGGUGCCAACGAUGGAGAUCCGAUUGCUUUAUGAUGACUAUGAAUGGGGGCUGUCUGCGAAGCAUCGCUGUGAUGCAUUGAACCCGGAUCCCAUGGUCUUCAAGACGCAGCAGUACUUUGGAGUGUAUCACCCGCGCAAGAGCAUGACCACUUGGUUACAGUGCAGAGAACAAACCGGCGUGCCUGGCAUCCCAUCGAAGGCAGAGAUGAAGGCAGCGAUCAAGUUGGCUGGCCCAGGAAAGCCUUACGACAUGAAGCCCUUGAAGAAGUACGAAGAAAUCGCCUUGGUGUUGCAGCACCACUCGGUACCAGUGAUCUUCUGUGCGGCAGGUUUACUCACCAUGGCGUUCGCCGUAUUGGUCAGCAAGCAUCGCAUCCGUUCGAACCGAGCCAUCAUGGCCACUGCUGGACUGGAAGCCGGGCACAGCAUGGAGGACGGUUUGGUGGCUGAGAUCGAGUGAGGGCGUUGUCCAAAGUGAAUGGCUUGUGGUUUCCCAAGGGCUGCAAGGUCCACGGUGAAAACAUGUGGCAGACGAUCGUGACAAGGCUGAGUGAGC